ACUCACUUUGACCUGACUCUUAUACUGAAAGUCAAACCCGGAAGUCGUAGUGUACCGCGAAGCAGAUAGCUUAACGUUCGUGCGAAAAGCACACAAUCACUUCUGAAGGACGGGAAGAAACACAGUUGUAGGCCGGAACAGUUUGGCUCCGUUCGGUAUUUUUCUAGCGCGACAAGAUAAUAUUAGCAGGCUCUCGGGCACACAGAAAAGCCUUUGGCCAUGUCAGGACAGAGAAAAGGAGCUGCAGCUCGGCUGCCCAAAUGUGCCUUCUGCAGGACCAACCGGGACAAGGAGUGCGGUCAGCUGCUGGUCUCUGACAGCCAGAAGGUGGCAGCCCACCAUAAGUGCAUGCUUUUCUCAUCGGCCUUGGUCACGUCGCACUCGGAAAGUGAAAACAUUGGAGGGUUUUCCGUUGAGGACGUGAAAAAGGAGAUUAAGAGGGGAAAUAAACUGAUGUGCUCUUCAUGUCACAGACCGGGAGCGACAAUCGGCUGUGACGUCAAGACGUGCCGAAGGACGUACCAUUACUACUGCGCCAUUAAGGACAAAGCCCAAGUCAAAGAGAACCCUUCGCAAGGGAUUUACCUUGUUUACUGUCGCAAACAUCGGGAUGCCUCUCAGGAAGACGUUCAAGAUGAAGAAGGUGGCGUGGCCAACGAUUCAGACUCGACGCCUCCACAGAGUAGGGGCAGGGGGCGGAUUGAAAAGGGGAGAGCCAAGGCUGCAUCUCGGGGCCAGUCGGAAGAAAGUCGCUCCACCUCCUCUCAGGCAGACGAGGAGAGCUCGUCUCAUCGGGACAGGUCCCCCCUGCGGAGCAGCCCGGCAGAUGGCGGCCAGCGCUGUGGCUUCUGCCACGCCGGUGACGAGGAGAACGAAACGAGAGGCGUGCUGCACACGGACGUCUCCAAGAAAGUGGCAGCACACUACAAAUGCAUGCUUUUCUCGUCAGGAACGGUACAACUGACCACUACGUCACGGGCCGAGUUUGGAAACUUCGAUGUAAAAACAGUCAUCCAGGAAAUCAAGAGGGGCAAAAGAAUGAAAUGCACCUUAUGCACCCAGUUGGGUGCUACCAUUGGGUGUGAAAUCAAAGCGUGCGUGAAAACUUACCACUAUCACUGCGGCCUGCAGGACAAAGCCAAGUAUAUUGAAAACAUGGCACGUGGCAUCUACAAACUAUACUGCAAAAACCACAGCGGCAACGAAGAGAGGGAUGAGGAGGACGAGGAGCGAGAGAACCGUAGCAGAGAGAGAGCGGCGAUUGACCACGGAGGGACACCAUCAACGCAGUUGAAUGGCAACUAGGUUUGGACAAAAACAAUUUUAUGUGAAGGAAAAACAGAAGAAACUAAGCGGGAGAGCUUUUUUUAUUUCUUUUUUUUUUUUUUAUACGAAAGCCUACUC